AUGGCUUCUUUGCAAACUCGGAUAACAUACCUCAAGAGCCUUCCAGCAGUUAGGGAACGCUCGCAAAAGGUUUUUGAAAAAGCCAAAGCAAACCAACUUCACCAUUUCGAGGUGAACUUCCCAAAACUCGACAAUGCAGUUGACCUCGUAAUCUCGUUGAUUAGACGUGACUAUGCUGAUUUGAGCAGCAUUCCUCCUCACAGUCGUUGGCGUCAUUUUGAUGUUGGUGGACAUUCGCGUGUACAACGACUAAUUGAUAGUUGGGAAAGUAGUGGCAAAUUGGAAAUUACACGACGCAUUUUAGAUUUAUUUGUAGUUUCGGUGUUAUUAGACGCAGGGGCGGGAAAUGCAUGGUCGUACCGUGAAAAGGAAACUGGUCAAAUAUAUAAAAGAUCCGAGGGACUUGCCAUUGCUUCGUUAGAUAUGUUUAAUGCUGGAUUAUUCUCAAGUGAUAAGUCUCAACCACAUCGUGUUGAUGCACGAAAAUUAGUAGAUAUAACUGUUGAUGAUGUCGCCAAAGCAUUUCAAGUGAACGAGACUACGAAUCCUUUGGAUGGUCUUGAAGGACGCGCUAAUUUAUUGAGCCGAUUAGGUAAAUCUCUAGAUAACCACCCCGAAUUCUUUAAGUCUGACGAUAAAUCGGCACCAAGACCCGGUAAUCUAGUAGACUAUUUAUUAGCACAUCCCACCACUAAAUCCAGUUCAAUCGUGCAAAUUGAUACACUAUGGUCUGUUAUAAUCGAUGGUCUCUCUGAUGUAUGGCCUCCAACGCGUACUUCCUUGGGUGGUGUAUCGCUUGGCGACGUAUGGCCUUGCGAUGUUCUGAAAUCAUCUUCAAAAGAUUCACAGGGUGAUGAUGAUGCAAACGAACAUUUAGUGCCAUUUCAUAAACUCUCACAGUGGCUCACUCAUUCUCUUAUGGAACCAAUGACCAAAAUUCUCGAUAUCAAAUUUGAAGGAAUAAAAAAUUUAACGGGAUUACCGGAAUAUCGAAAUGGCGGUCUUUUUGUGGACACCGGUUUACUGACUCUCAAGGAGCCGGAUCGAGCGCGUGGGAUUUCCUAUUUCAAACAAAAUUACCGGGAAUCAAAUGAUGACACCGAAAUUGUUCCUCUAUUUGAAGCAAGCGAUCCUGUUAUCGUUGAAUGGCGAGCAAUGACUGUCAUUCUAUUGGAUAAGGUCGCUGAGAAAAUCAGAGAAAUUCUUGCCGAAAAUUUAACACUCGCGCAAGUUCUUGAGGCUGGUACUUGGAAAGCUGGUAGGGAAAUUGCACAAAAACUGAGGCCUAAAACCAAAGGUCCGCCAAUUGCCAUCAAAUCUGAUGGAACUGUUUUUUAG